AUUAAUGUAAGAUAAAAUCUGAAGCUCCACUUUCAAAGGAGGCCUUAAAGGAUACUGGAGAACAGUGUGAACAGCAUGGCAAGCGGGUUCAUAACACUGAUGGAGUCAGCCACAACCUUCGAGGUUGUGGCUGAAGGUUGUGGCUGUUAGAGAGUGUUAGAAACAUGCUAAAAGGCUACAAUGGAUCGGGCUUUAACAUAAUACAAGUUACGGAGGGCAAUGGAGCGUGAAAUCGGUCCUCUUGAUAAGGAGUAGCCACCAUUUUACCGUGCAGUAGCAAGCGAAAAGUAUACUAGUGUAACGAGGGUCCACUUAUCACAUACAAAUGCGUGAAGAGGCGUCUCGUCAGGCCACGUGUUGCUAGAUACAGACAUCAUCUAAUAAGAAGACAGUAUAAUGAGCAACACAACUGGCGGCAGUCUGACGCGGCGCUGGCGGCGUCCGGCAAUGCGAUCCUGUUGGUUGCCGGCGGCUGUGGGCGCUGUCAGUCAGUGAGCGGCGAGAAGUCGAGGUUCCGCCACAGUCUGUACCAUGAGUCAGUGUCCCGCCAUGGACCGCCAGCGUGGGCCGCCUCGGACACACUAUUGAUUACGGGCGCGCGGUGGCGGUGGAAGAGCCCAGCUGGCCCGGCAUGGCGGACGGCGCCGUGCUGCAUCGUAUUUCUCUGUGUGUAGCCGCCUUCUGCGUGACUCUGAACGCCCAUGCGGACCUCAAGUGCGUAUAAGUUGUGGCCGGUACGCCUACGCCCGCAGGCAACACCAUGGGGGCCUGUAUGACUCGGUGCUGGCCCCUCUACCCCGACCCCAGGUACCAACCAGUGAGAAGCCGCUACCUCAGGCAAGAUGAUACUGUUCAGCUGGAACUUAUCGACACUGAAGAG